CUUUUGUUGAUAUUAUAUAUGAUAAAAUAGUUUUCAGAGACUUGACUUUCUAUCGUCUCUCUAUUUCAGUAGUUGCUAUGCAUCAAGACGCCAUCGAGUCGAUGGCCGGGUAUUUGCAUUACUGCUAUUGUAUGUUUAUAAACACAACUUGGCUGUUUUAAUGUGUGCGGCUUCGAGAGUUUGAGUUGGAAAUGAUGAAAUGUUGCCUUAUGUCGGCUUAGAAGAUGCAUGAAAUGUCAAGUGUUGCAAGUACGCAAUCAAGGGAGUCCAUUAAAGCGUUGUCUGCUGGUUACGUUCUGCAAGAUGGCCUCGACCUACGCAAAUACUCUGAUGUCAAAAAUUGACGAUUUUAACUUUCCAUUCUGCGAUGAUAUCAACAAAUAUGAGAAAGUCACCAAGAUCGGCCAAGGGACUUUCGGGGAGGUGUUUAAGGCAAAGCAUCGCCAAACAAAGAAAUUGGUCGCUUUAAAAAAAGUUUUAAUGGAUAAUGAGAAAGAGGGGUUUCCCAUAACGGCACUUCGGGAAAUCCGUAUUCUACAGCUACUUAAAAAUGAAAAUGUAGUCAAUCUCAUUGAGAUAUGCCGUACCAAAGCGAGUUCGGCGAAUCAGUGUAAAGCGACCUUCUAUCUUGUGUUCGAUUUCUGCGAGCAUGAUCUGGCCGGACUAUUAAGCAACGUUAACGUGAAAUUCUCUCCCGGAGAAAUAAAAAAGGUGAUGCAACAGCUGCUCAAUGGAUUAUACUUUAUCCAUGAAAACAAAAUCCUUCAUAGAGAUAUGAAAGCGGCAAAUAUCCUUAUCACGAAGAAUGGUGUUCUUAAACUUGCCGAUUUUGGUCUCGCACGAGCGUUUAGUCCACCAAAAAAGGACAUGCCGAAUCGCUAUACCAACCGUGUUGUGACGCUAUGGUACCGUCCUCCGGAACUUCUUCUCGGAGAACGCAAUUAUACAGCCGCUGUUGAUAUGUGGGGAGCGGGAUGCAUUAUGGCUGAGCUGUGGACACGAACACCGAUUAUGCAGGGGUCUACAGAGCAAUCUCAACUCACUCUUAUUGUGCAGUUGUGUGGGUCCAUCACUACCAAGGCGUGGCCAAAUGUCGACAAGUUGGACCUAUAUCAUAAAAUGGUGUUGCCGAAGGACCAGAAACGAAAAGUUCGUCAACGCCUCUCGAUGUAUAUCAAAGAUCAACUCGCGUUGGAUUUAGUAGACAAACUGCUGACGUUAGAUCCCGCAGAACGAAUAGAUGCAGACAAUGCUCUUAAUCAUGACUUCUUUUGGACUGAUCCUAUGCCCUCCGACCUCGGCAAGAUGUUAUCACAGCACGACAAGUCAAUGUUCGAGUUUCUGGCUCAAAGUCGACGGCGUCAACAGAUGGCUCAACCGCAACAUGGCGGGCAUCCACAGCAUCAUCAACGGCAUCACACGGGAGGACAACAAGGUCAAACUAACAACAACAACAAUAACAAUGAUGGACAGUAUCACGACCGUGUCUUUUAGAAGAGAAAUCACAAAAAAAUUAGUAAACAAACACAGCAUUAGGUGUCGGUCUUCAGGAAUUUACCUGGAGCUCACAUCGGUUAAAUGUUCGCGAAUUUGAAUUUGAUCGGCGAGACGUUUAGUCUAGGAACGAGUUCAUAGCAAUUUAUGAGGCAUUAUAACUAGAGACGUGGAUUGAUUUUAAUAACUAAAUGUUUUCAUAUGCAGACGUAUAUAGGGCUGAGCUUUGAGAGAAAAUGUAAAGAAAUGUAGGGAUGUACAUUUUCUUAAUCUAUGUAGAUAUUCCUUCGAACUUAAUGGACUGUUCUUGCUACAUUAUUGUUAAAUGUACCUCUAUAUAUAAUGACUAUAAUGCAAAAGAAACUGUGAAGCGCUUUUCGAAAAAAUAAAAAGAUUUACCUCUUAUGAUUAAGGGAUUGUUAUGUACGCGGGAAGGGAUUGUUAUGUACGCGGGAUGGUAACUCACAGUGAUUUAAUUAUACUGAUUUUUACUUUUGUAACAGAAAAGUAGAUUAUCAUUUCAUGAUUGCUAACAUUAACCUUCCAAGUUCUAUCGGAUUCGUAGUAACGACAUGAACGACCGGCUCUGGUGACCUAUUUCGUCGAAUUCCGACUAUGCAGACAAUCACUUCAUCCAAGCAAAAAGCGCUUCAUUUAUCCAAACGAACAUGAUCAUAUACCAACACCGUACACCACGGAUAAUUGCUAGUCUGAAAUACAGGUUACAUGCUGUUAAGAGUAAGAGUAAAAGGCGGAGAAAGGAAGAAAGACCGAGAGAAUGUUAAAAAAUGAAUUGGGAAAAUGCUAAAAAAAGAAUUACGAUUAACGAGGCUUUCCGGACAAAGUGUACAUAUAUGUCCUCAUAUAUAUAGACGCUGUGUACUAAUAAUGUCACAUACUACAGUGCUCAAUUAAUGUAAAGGUGAUAUAGGAUUGCAUUGUAACAAUCCUGCUCUUUCAGAUUGGCUGUGUAACAGAAGAAAAUUCCAUUAUGUGCACGAAGAUUAUGUGGUCUAAAUGCUUAUCAGUUCAUAAUGACACAAUAGAAAAUAAUAAAAAAGCUAAUAUCUCAUUUGCUGUCUAUAUAGCAAACACACACUGUUCACGUGAAGUAUUUCGUGCUAAGACGCAGUGUAAGGUUCUGGCAAGCAAAAUAAAUCUUGAAUUUAUAUCUAUUUUUAUUAUUAUUAGUGCUUCUAAUAUAAAGUACAAAUUAUGCUCUGCUUUGCUGAUAUGCGUGUGAUGUAAAUAAAUGCGUGUGAUAUAUAUUGGUGAGUUUACAGAAGAGAAUGUUUCUUCUAGUAGUAAAUAUGGUCAUUUUUGCUAUUAGAGUGCUCAAGGCAAGAGUAA